CGACCGUCGAGCUGAACGCUUCCGCUUCACGGGAUACGGGAAACACGAACGUGUCGAACGUUUACGUGCGCGCCUUUUCACCGCUGUCAUCCGUCGCCGGAGAGAUUCUUUGUUCGUUAUCGGUCGUGGUCAAAUUGAGUCGCGGUGCACGUGUCUGCGGAGUUCUGCGCGGCCUCUCGUCUCGUUAGUUCACGGUGGAGGACGGUGCUCUCCCGCGGGAAUAAGAGCCAUGCGAUUUUCGUGGGUGUUCGUGGCCACGGUGUUCCUGGUUCUGGUCACCGGGGCGAGGUGCAAGAGGAAAUUCGACGGGGAUUUCGAGUUCGCCGAAGAGGAUGACACACGUAUAAUGAAAGUAGGAGACAAGAAGAGAUGGAUACACGAUCCCAACAGUGAACUUUGUCGUCCGUUGAACUGCAAGAAGAAGGACCUGUGUCUUCUCAAGGAUACUUUCACUGCGGUUUGCGUGUCGAAGAAGGAGCUCGAGAAAUCCGGAGACAUCAGAACGGAAACUUCGGUCGACACGGAGGACGACGACGCCUUCUUCGAUUCCGAGGACGAUGACGAGGAUCAGGACGAGUCCAAAUGUCAAGAAUGUCCUGUGGUGAAGCCGACGUUCCUUUGCGGAAACGAUAAUCGCACGUACAGCUCGCCAUGCCGACUGGAAUACCACAAUUGCAUCCACCGCACGCCAGUUCGCAUCGCCUGCAAAGGCUUCUGUCCCUGCAAAGCGGCUGAUCUACGCGCGCAUAACAAAAAGAUGCAGAUGCAACGUCAGAAAUCACUUUCAGGAAAGAUGUCGAGGAAUCGGGAUAUCACGCUGACCCCCCAUGUAUUCAACUAUGACAAUCAUCAUUACCAAUACCUGAAGUACACCAAACGUGCCAAGGCGUUGGCUGGAAGUAAGUAUGACGACAAGCACCUAAUGAGCAACGAGGUGAUGGAGAAGACUCCGUCCCCAUUGAAAUCGACGUACAACUCCCAAUCAUCGCGAAACUCUGAUUGCCCGCCGUCAUCCAAGCCAGCAAUGGCGAAUCGCCUCCUGGAUUGGUUCUCCGUCGUGAUGGCCGACUCUAAGCACCGUCGCUCUCAUCCUAAACCGAAUGGUCACUUCCCCAUCGGUUGCCAGAGCGAGGUCAGGUGGAUGUUCGGACAUUUGGACAGCGACAACGACGGCUGGCUCUCUCUUUCCGAGCUGUACGGGCUGGAACAUGAUCAGAACGAGCCCUGCCUCAAGCCGUUCCUCGACGGCUGCAAAACCGAUGGAGACAUCUUCGUGACCGGCCCCGAAUGGUGCCGAUGCUUCUCAAAGGCUGAACGCCCGUGCGCUGCGGUACGCAAGCGGUCAUCUCCAGACGUUGCACCCGCCUGUGACUCUCGUGGAUACUAUCGAAGCACCCAGUGUCAUCGUGGUCUCGGUCUCUGCUGGUGUGUCGAUCCUCACGGUGUCGAGUUCGCUGGGACCAGAACACGUGGCAGCAAACCAGACUGCGACACGAUCGUGAACAAGAUCAGCAACGGCGGAUUGAAGACAAACAGCGUGGACCUGGACGACGACGAAGACGGCGGCACAGAUUCUGCCCAGGACCUCGAGGGUUCCGCCGAUCAGCCGUUAGACUUCUAGACUCCUUAGAAUCAGCCAGCAACAGCAGCAACGGGAGCAGCACCUUAACGUGAUAUCGAACAGCCGGACGACGCAUGGUUCUUCUUUCGAAGAGGAAUGGGAUAAAGCUAGCCCGGUCGUCCGCUUGCAUCGAGUAUCGCCGUUGUGACUGGAGGUGUCUUCAGUGAAGCAGGUCGGCGAAGGCUGCG